UCCGGCGGGAGAGGGGGCAGAGAAACAGCGGGAGUGGCGGCAACGUGUAUUUGAGCUGCUGGGAGCAGUGUUGCGGGGAGAGGGUUAUGGAGCUGGAAACCAUGAGCAGAUACACCAGCCCGGUGAACCCGGCCGUGUUCCCACACCUUACUGUGGUGCUCCUCGCCAUUGGCAUGUUCUUCACUGCCUGGUUCUUCGUUUAUGAGGUGACAUCUACCAAGUACACACGAGACAUCUACAAGGAACUGCUGAUCUCCCUGGUGGCCUCGCUGUUCAUGGGCUUUGGGGUCCUGUUCCUGCUGUUGUGGGUCGGUAUCUACGUGUGAGGCCUGACCAAAGGAUCUCAGGUGGGAAGCCUCGCAGAAGCUCUUUAUGUUUCUUUUAUAUGUCAACAACAAAGCCUAUAUGGACUGUGCUCCUGUCAGGUGACUUCUGCCAGCACAACAAGCCAAAACUAAAUAAAACUUAUUCUGCGAUCUA